CCAUGCACCAUGAGCUCAAGUUGCCUGUGUAUAAGGCUCACUCCCCGCAGAUUGGGAUGCGCCGAUACCUCAUUGAGCUCCUGACUGUCCUCGGCAACCACUGCAACCUCUGCCCCACGGCCUGGCAUCUCGCUGUCUAUUUAUUGGACCUCUUUAUGGACCGCUACGAUAUCGCCGUCAAGCAGCUGCACGUCGUUGCACUCGCCUGUCUUCUCCUAGCAAGUAAGUUCGAAGAGAAAGAAGAUAAAGUUCCCAAGUUGGAGCAGUUAAAUAAUCUGGCCUACAUGUGCAAUGUGAACGUGGUAUUGGACAAGAAAGACUUGCUCAGGAUGGAAAUGCUGCUGUUGGACAACUUCAGCUGGAAUCUCUGCCUGCCAACACCGGCGCACUACGUUGACUACUACCUCUGCGUGGCCGUUGCUGAGAGCGACCUCCACAAGGGCUGGCCGGUCACCUUGCUGCCCAGAAUGAGAGCUUUUCUGGAGAAAUACGUCUAUUACUUCCUCAAUUUCUCGGUGCAAGAUCACGCUUUCCUCCGCUUCCGUCCGUCUCUGGUCGCUGCAGCGUGCGUGUGUGCCUCCCGUAUCUGUGUGCAGCUUUCUCCUGCCUGGACCACGCAGCUUGAGCUGCUGACGCGGUAUUCCUGGGAGCACCUCGCCCAAUGCAUUGAAAUGAUGCUCAGAUACUAUGAGAAUGACAUCAAAGAAGCCAGUAACCUAAAAAAGCAAGUUACAAUUCAUCAAGAGCAGGAAGCAGUGGGGAAUCUGAGCCAUCAAGCCACCACUCAAGUUCUCUUCCAGCAACCUGGUUACCACCCCUUAGCCCAGCAUACAGCCACGUUUUCCCAGUUCCAGUCGCCGGUGCAAGAUCUGUGCUGUGCUUAUCGUGAGUCCUUGCAGGCCCACAGGCUUGCGGGGAGCGCUGACCGCUCGUCCGCAGCUCUCCAGGCUAGCCUUCGGCCCUCUGCACAGCCACUGCCCAUCCAAACACCCCUCGCCCUGCAGGUGACACUGGGGACAGAGCCCAGACACUGCAUUUCCACCAUGUAUGGCAGUAGUUACUUCAGUGGUCAGCACUCGUAUGCAGCUGGGUGUUCUGAUGGGUAG